UGUGCAGGCUGCUGCUGCCUAGCACAGGCAAAACCCAAAGAGCAAGGGCAGACAGGGAUUUAUAUGUCCCAUGCUCAGGCUUGCUAACAAUGACACUCUGCCGAUUCCAUUCCUGCAUUCAGGGGGUUUAAAGCAGAGGAACCCCAAAAGGGCUGUGGUCUAUUGUCUUCAGAUCGUGCUGCCUCUUUAAAAUCAGAAAUGCGCGGACAGCUUCAAGGUGCCUCCCACUGAGCAAAGGCUUUGGAUGCCGGCACAGAGGCAGAGGAGCCAUCCUCCCCUGAGCACAGGGAUAACCUAAUGGGAGAGAAAGCAGCACUCAGCGGAGUCCUUGCACUACUUCCAGUGAUCCUUUCUCUCCUCCAGUAACAGCAGCACGUGCAGAGGAGAAACCUGGCGGCUCUCUCACCAGAGAAGAAACCUGGCUCUCUCUCAGGUUGCCUGAGACCUCCAAGAUGAUGAGCACAACUGCAGAAGGAGAUAAGUGAGGCUGUUGUCCUAUAAUCUUCUGGGGACAAAGACAAGGUUACUCACUGCUCAAAAGGAAGCUUUGGGUGAGGUCUCUCACCUGCCGAUCUUGUGCCCUGCCACACUGGGCUAACAACACUGAGGGCCAGCCAAGCUGCACAUGCCAAAAGACGACAGAGAUGGCCAUGGAGCAAACUGAACGCAACCUAAAUGCUACCGCCCACCUCAAUUUUGCUUCAAUCUACAACAUCCAUAAUGGGGAUUUCACCUCUUUGAGAAACUUCUCUUUCCCUUUCAAUUUCACCUACAGUGAUUAUGACCUGCCACUGGACAGUGAAGAUGACAUGACCAAAACCCGCACCUUCUUCACAGCCAAGAUUGUUAUUGGGGUUGCUCUGGUUGGCAUCAUGCUGGUUUGUGGCAUUGGCAACUUCAUCUUCAUUGCUGCUCUCGCCCGCUACAAGAAGCUGCGAAACCUCACCAACCUGCUGAUUGCCAACCUGGCCAUCUCAGACUUCAUCGUGGCUAUUGUGUGCUGCCCCUUUGAGAUGGACUACUACGUGGUGCAGCAGCUGUCCUGGGAGCACGGCCAUGUCCUCUGUGCCUCAGUCAACUACCUACGAACUGCCUCCCUCUUUGUUUCGACCAAUGCUCUCCUGGCUAUAGCUGUUGACAGGUAUUUGGCCAUUGUUCACCCACUGAAACCACGCAUGAAUUAUCAAACAGCAACCGUCCUCAUUGCCUUGGUCUGGGUCAUCUCCAUACUUCUAGCAAUUCCAUCUGCAUACUAUGCUACUGAAACUGUGUUGUUUAUAGUUAAAAACCAGAAGAAAUUUUUCUGUGGCCAAAUUUGGCCAGUUGACCAGCAGAUGUACUAUAAAUCAUACUUUCUCUUCAUCUUUGGCAUUGAAUUUGUAGCACCUGUGAUUACAAUGACCUUGUGUUAUGCCAGGAUCUCUCAGGAGCUUUGGUUUAAAACUGUCCCAGGAUUUCAGACAAAACAAAUCAGAAAGAGGCUUCAGUGCAGAAGGAAAACUGUUAUGGUACUAAUGUGCAUUCUCACUGCCUAUGUUCUCUGCUGGGCACCUUUCUAUGGUUUCACAAUUGUCCGGGACUUCUUCCCCACCCUUUUGGUGAAAGAGAAGCAUUAUCUCACUGCCUUUUACAUAGUCAGGUGCAUCGCCAUGAGUAACAGCAUGAUAAACACCAUGUGUUUCGUAACCGUGAAAAACAACACUAUGAAGUACUUCAAGAAGAUCAUGCUACUCAGAUGGAGGUCAACGUAUAAGGGAAGCAAAUCUAGCAUAGAUUUGGACCUGAGAACAAGUGCAAUCACAGAGGAAGUAGACUGCAUAAAAUUACAAUAAUUUUUCUGAGGUUCUAAUCUCAGCUUUUUUGGAGAGGGGGCAAAGAGGAAAUAAUACCUUGUCAGAAGCUUCUUCCUUGUCUGUGGGAAUACCCUCUCACUGGUGAGAGCCCUCAAAAAAGCAGCCUGCUUUGCAUUCCCACCAGAAUUCUUCUCACUGUACUGCUGGAUAAUCCUUACGCUUGAAAAGAUGCUGUGCUUCAGUUCAUACAUCUGUCAAUUUGGGAUGUAGACACUAAUUUUAUAGUUGUUUAAUAAGAACAAAGAAAUCUAUGAAUACAAUGGUGGAAAAGUUGAGUGCUGACCCUAGCAGUGAUGCCUCUCUGUUUCUUAAGAGAAACCUCUUAACACCUUUGAGCUUAUGACUUGUACCUUUAAGCUAUUUAGUGUCCUUUUCUUUCUGCUCAGAAGAGAAAGGACUCCUAGAAAGCCCAUUUUGCUUCCAGUCACUUUUUAACCUCUCCGUUUACCUUUCCUGAUGAAUCUUCUUGAAGUCUAUAGACCACCAGCUUUCUAUUGUCAUUGGACAAUAUGCACAGCAUGCUCUUAUGAAAGGCACAUGCUCUGAAAGCUAAAAUCCGCUUCACAGUCAAGUGAAAACCUCAAGUUUCUUCCUGUCACACCCUGUUUAAGAAUGCUUUAUCAAUACUCCACUUUUUAGUUUUAUGGAGAGUUUUAACUUUGUUAUGCAUUUGGAAAUGCCACAGAUAUAUAUGAAAAGGAUCUACUCCCUCAUCUCCAGGCACCCUGUGGCCAGCUUCUGCUACCUUGAGAUGCUGAGCUCCUCACAGAAUCAAUCACAAAAUUGUAGAACUUGAGAAUAAUAUCUCCACAUUGUCUAGCCCAUCCCUCUGCCCAUGUUAGCCAGGAUUGUGUCCAGCUAGGCUUUGACUGACUCCAGGGAAUGCUGACAGUCUCCAUGGAUCACCAGUGUCAGUGUUCAACAGCUCUCACUCAGUGAAAAAGUGUUUUCUUAUGUUCAGAUGGAGUUUCAUGUGUUUUACCUUGCUUGUCAGCGGGAUCCAUAUAAACCUACAUCAUGGUGGUGGGAAAAAUCCAACCAGACAUCUUACCAAGUCUGUGUGCACCUUCACGAUAAAGGAUAAGCAACACCAAAAUAUCUAGGAGAUCCUGAGAUGAUCCAUCCAUCUUUCUGGGAGCAAGACAAGCUUAGGCUUCAGUGAGCCAGCCUCUGGUCGAGUUGCGAAGCUUAUUGUCUGCUCAGAUAUGACGCAACUCCAGAUGAAUUCUGCUUUUCUUUCUGCAGUGCUACUUUUACUGUUCUGAUUUAGUGAAACUCCAGUAUGAAUGUUUCUUAAAUGAUAAUUGUGACAAAGCACGUGACAGUAAUACAUACUCAUUUCAACUACACAUAAGAUAUAAUGGACUUCUGUGUAUGGUAAUAAAAUCUUUUCUGUUGUGAUGACAAAUGUGCAUGUGGUUGUGCCUUACUUUUGGAGUAAGUUGUUUUGGUAAAUAACUUGUCUAUUUGUGAAUUUGAAGUGAGCAGCAAAUCCUGCAAAUAAAACAUGACCUCAGUAUAAGCAUUCUGAAUUAUUUUUUGUCUUCUCUUAGCCAUCACUUUCUUACCCAAAUGAUUAAUGUGAAUGAUCCCAUUGCUGAAGAAAAAUUGACCAAUUAAAUUUAAGGGCAAAAGGAUGUUAAAAUCCAUUAAAAUGCUCAAAGCCUCUCAUCAUUAGCUGCUCUUAAAUAUAUGUUGAAGAGUAUUUAAUAAUUUGCUGUUAGGCAAAACAAUGACUGAAAUCAUCCUUCAAAAUGUCAGUUUUGAACAGGGGUAAGUACUAAAUUCAUUUGUUUUCCAGCCUGCCACAGAAAUUUAAAGGACCAGAGAGCUGAAGUAUUUCACUAUCAAAAGGCUUAAUCUUGUAAUCUCACCUGAAAUCUCAUGGUUUCUUCUGAAACCUGCCCUAGUUGUAAGGGAUUAGCUAGCAUUAUUGCCUGUUAUUAGAAUGUGUGACACUCCUUCCACCUGUUUUCCCUACAUGGUUUUGGUGCAACAAAUUCAACUGACAAUUUCCACACCAGGGAAAUCUAUCUAAGGCCGAGUUAAUUAAAAAAAAAAACAAAACAAAAACAAUUUCUGCCAAGAAAUAUAGUACUGAACAAAAUCUGGGGCAAAGAAUUGCUUUAAGACACUGGAAAUCACCCUGAGAGCUCCAAGAGAGCUCUUAUGGUCUGGCCUAACCACUGUUCUCAUUCCUGUGAAUUAGGGUACUAAAGCAGCAUCCUCCACAGCCCCUGCUGAGGGUUUAGGUUUUGGGACUGUUGUAUUUUUGACAUUUUGAGGUCCUCCAAGCAGCAAAGCACUGUUGCUGCCUGAACCUCUGGAUAGAGCAGAAGUCAUGCUUUGCCCUCAACUGCAUUUGUUGUGAGCUGCAUCCAGAGAGAGAGGGGGACUCCCAGCGAGGAAGGGUGACAGUUCUGUUCUCUGGUCCAAAAACGAAGCAGUCACAUUACCCUUAGCCUGUGUUGGCACCAAGUCCAAAGAGCCCAAAACAGGGCACUUUCAGGGACAGUAUUUGCUCCCAAACUGAGAUCCAGCAAGCAGAGGCCCAGGGCUUUGCAGGGGGACCAAAAGUCACUUAAAAACUAUUGUGAAAACUCCUGAAGUGUGAAGGCAGUGGGAACAGGCUGUGACCCAAGUGGCACCCUCAGGCAGGGGAGAGCAGGUAGGGAAGGGUCUGAGAGAGGACCAGACCUCACAUUCCCUAGGGCUUAUGUGAGCUGUGCAGGGAAGAAAAGAACAAAACACCUUUUUUGUACCCUCAGAACUUACUAAAGGACAACAUUUAGAGAGGGAAUUGAAUAUGGACUGCACCUACUUGGAGCUAUGCUUGUAAACAGAGAAACACAAGCACAAGCUGGGAAGAAGGCAGCAUCUGUCUCAGAGGAGAAAGAUGCUGCCUUUCCAGCACAACUUCUGCCUACUGGAAGCUGCCUACUGGAAGCUGCCUGCUGGAAGCUGUAGGGGAACAGCUGCAAUAAUGGCUUUAUCAUGCAAGAAUUGUGGCAUAUAUCAUGGAUGAGGAGUGGGUGGGACCUGAGAUCCUUUGGCAGUGUUUAGAUCACCGUGCAGUGAAAUCAAUCAGAUACUAGCAUGUCUCGGUUCUGCUAGCUCCAAUUUUUGCUGCCAAAUGCAAAACUGGUGCUACCACACCAGAUCACUGCUCAGCUGUCCUCCUGCAGCACAGCUCCAAAACCAUAGCCUCACUUCCUUCUAUAUCAGCUUCUCCAGAGGUAACUUGAGAGUAAAAUCCAGUCUCUGCUUUCAUGCUGAAAAACAGAAAGCCGGGUGCACCUGGAAGCUAAAACAGUGACCUGAAAUGGCUAAGAGAGCAUUAGGAGAAGAAAAAGUAGUUAUUAUCAGUAACAGGAAUCAAGAAAACAAAGGCUGUGUCAUUAAAACAAUUGUCCCUCUACAAAAGGGGGAGGACCUGCAAGAUCACAGGCCAUCAUACAUCAAAGUAGUACAGAAAAUUUCCCUAGAGACUGACUGACUCAUUCAGGAGCUAAGACUUUGCUGUGAUCCUUCUUCUCUGAGCCCUUCGCGUGGCAACAGCACCAUCCAGCUGCUGCCUCUGCAGCACAGUGUCACCACAAACUGCAUCAGCUCACAUCAAACACCGUGGGAAUGGCGUCAAGCAGGUAUUCCCAGGAUCCUAUUACUCCAACAAGUAGCAACAGAUGCUUCAGCUUUCGAGAACUGGGUACCCAGGCACUUAUCCAAUGCUUGUAGUGUCCGCAUUCUCCCUCUCCCUGUGUUGGCAGGGCUGUGACAGACACUGGGUGCUUGGGCUGUCCCCUUUCUAAAUAUUCUGCACCAUCAGUGCAGAAAAACACACACCAUUGAGCAGAAAAAAGCAGAAUUGAGGCAAGAUAGACACUUGUCCCUCAGACUCUUGGAGAUCUUGCUCUCUCAUUCACUCUGUUAGGAUCCUGUCCUAUAGGCUGCACUGCAACCCACAUUGCCAGGAUAAGCCUUAACUCACAGACUCAAUUAUGUUAGAAAAGACCUCUGAGAUCCUUGAGUCCAGCCUUUGGCGAAACACCACCAUAUCAACUAGACCAUGGCACUGAGUGCCAGUCUUUCCUGAAACACCUCCAGACACAGUGACUCCACCACCUCUAUUCUAAUGUCUAACCCUUUUUUUGAAGGAAAUUCCUCCUAAUGCCCAACCAGAACCUUCCCUGGUGCAGCUUAAGACUAUGUCCUCUUUUCCUGUUUCCUGGGAGAAGAGACUAACCCCUACCUGGUUACAACCUCCUUUCAGGAAGCUGUAAAGACUGUUAAUGUCAUCCCUGAGCCCCAUCUUCUCCAGGCCAAACACACCCAGCUCCCUCAGCUGUUCCUCAAAACCACUGACAAGGCAGGAAUUCCUGAAGCUUCAAAAGUGACCUUCGUAACACCAGCUAGAACAAAAGAAUGUGGAACAAAUGCCAGUAUAAAAGUCACCAAAUACUCAUGGAUAGUAAGAAACAUAACUGAGCAUAAAGUCACUCAAUGUUGCUCAAAGGGAUCCUGAGGCUUGACAGGGAGAAGGGCUCCUGUGGGGCUGCAGGCUAAAGGGCUCCUGAGAAUGGCACCAUGAAGGUUGACAAGGGAAAGAGGCUCCUAUGGGGUGGCAAAGAACUGGCUCUUGCAGGGUAUAAUGAGCACAAGACAAUAAAAACCCUACAAUGCAUACAGUGCAGAAUAUAAUACAAUACUGUACCAUAUGCUACAAUAGCUAUACAAGAAACCAUGAUAUAAUGCAGGACAUACUCUGCAAUACACUCAAAAUAUGUAAACUACAGUAAACAUGAAUGACAGCACACAACACAUCUAGGACCAUAAUGAAAGGAAUGAGAGGGAUGUGUCUUUACAAACAAACUGUGGGUCUGCUUGCAGAUAAAAGUCAGAUACUGAUAGGUGAAAGAGGCAAUGGAACGAACCAUAAAUUCCAAGGAAUCCCACUAAUUGACACAGACUCAGUUGCUCAUCCAAGACUGUGCCAAAUUUCUGGACUUAAGAGGAAAAGAACAGCAAUACAAAGAAAAAUGGGGGAACGGUGCGGGGAGGGUACACAUUAGAAGGGGUUCUGUAUUAGGCUAUUCAGGAAGUCUGUACCUCUCAAGCACCUCAGCCAAGGUGGAGAAAAAAAUUAAGCAGGGAAAUGAGGAUAAAGAGAAGGCUGCAUCCUCCAGCAAUUUGAGAGACCUCACGGGAAAUGUCCCAUGGCCUCUCCCUUUAUUUGAAUAAAGUUGCAGGACUCCUCUGUCUCCUUUUAGAACAUAAACCUCUGGCAUUGUGGAUUAAUUUUCCUAACAAAAAAAUACAGUAAAUACCACAUGGUACAGUACACACUGAAAUGCACAACCCACUUCUCAGCCUUUGAAGAAACCUGCAACUCACACUAGGCCCUCUGUGGCCAAGAUACAAGGUGGCCCCUUCAAAUGACCCUGGACAGUCCUGUUUCACUCAGGAUCUGCAUCUGUGCUUUUCUGGUCACUCUCACCUCACCCUCCCUGUGUGCCCAACAAACAAGAGACCACAAGCAGCACAAAUCUCAUGGCAGCUUUUCCCCAAUGCCAGAUGCCACCACAAGUCCCUGACAUGGCACUGUACCCAAGACGCAGACAGGAAUCCCUUCACCCUACUGAGUAAAUUCACCUCAUGGGAAUGCCCUCCCUUUUGGCAGAGGGAAGGAGACCUGAAAGGAACCAAUUUGACUUUUUUUAUGUCUCAACAUAUGUUAUACACAGGGUGAAAAAUUACUAUAGGGGCUGUUAGAUAUGCUGGGAACAUUAACGUACCAUGUGAUAAGCAGAAAAUGGAGGUGUCAGGAAAAUUAAUCCACGAGAAAUUUAUGUUUUUAUGGCGGGAUGCCCCUGUGUCCUGGCAGUGAUGCUGUCUCUGUCUUCUAUUUCUUCCUCUGUCUCUCUUUCUCCCUCUCUGCACUCUUUUCUAUCCCACUUUAGUUGGGUCCAUACCCUUUCUUUACAAAGAAACAGUUCUCAGAUAUAAUAUUGCCACAUUGGUGCUUUAUUUUUAUCUGAGAAAUCUGUCAAAAAGAAUGCUUCCCCUUUCAGCAGAAUCUGUAAGGACCAAGAUGACCCUCCAAGAAUGCAAGUUUGCAAGUGCCAAGGGGGUGUGUAUAAUGAGGUUUUUUGAGGUAGAAACGGGCAGCAGAUGAGGUUCACAAGGUCCAUCCCCAGUGCCCAAUCUCUGAACUGCUGGGACUUGAGACUGCACAGUCCCAUCCUGCAUUCCAUAGUCUGGAGCACAUCUGUCCCAUGCCCCAGAGGAAAGUGGCUUCUCCCUCUGCCAACACCUCAACAUAAAGCUGGCUCCCCCUCCUCCUCUUCCUCCAAAGAGCGCCGCUCCAGCCUGUGGCAGCUGCAUGCACCUGCUUGUGGAGGUGCCUCCUGGGCAGGACUGAGACGGUUCCUCUGUGACACAGUCCAGCCCAAGCCAGCUCUGUGCUUUCCUGCCUCCUGGCCAUCAGGGCAGCUUCCCCUGCGGCCAGCAGCUUCCUUCACAGGGCAAUUUCCCUGCCCAAGACAGCCCCAGUGUGACGGAAGCAGGAGAUCUGAGGGCUGCUGAGAGCUGAGUCUGCACACAGCUCAAUGCAGCAGUGGCAAGGCCCGGGCAACACUUGGCUUGAUUCCCCCUUGGCAGUUUUUCUUGUAAGGGGAGCCUCUUCACAACAAGACAAACACACAAGCUCAGUCAAAAACCAGGGCAUUAGAGUUGUAGAGGGCACAUCCACGAAGUCCUCCUGAAAAGUCUGUAAAACCAGCUGGUGUGUAUGUCGAUCCCUACUUGGAAGCUAUACCAGAAUGCUUCUCUAGCUGAACUUCAGGACUUUGACCAAAAAAGGUGCCAAAUUCACAGGGCUCCAGUCAUCUGUCCUAAAAUAUAGUAAAACCUUUUAACUUGCUUUCCAGGAAGCUCAGGGGAGUGAUGAACACAUUGAAAGCAAGAUCUUCCAAGGUCUUUAGAAAUCAGAGACACAGUUACAUGCUUUUCCCACUGAAUGUUACAAGUUUAACUGUGCAAAAAUACAGUCAUCAAGACUUUGCUGAGAACUAGAAACUGUUCCAGUGAUGAACAUGGAAAGAGGUACUGUUGUAAUCAGAGCAAAUAAUACUUGUUGUUGAGCCAAUCAAGUGCUUCAAUACACUGAGAUCCUGCUCUCAAGUGAUUUAGACAACCUGUAUUUAACUAUUGUACCUCAAGAGAAUCAACAACAUCUGGAAAAGAUGGAGGCAGAAUAACGAAGUUUAAAACUGCACUAACUCAACAAUAAAAAUGGCUUAGGCUUUCCUACCAGUAUUUCUUUUGAGCACAGGAAGAUGAAGUUUUAACAACCUUUAAAACUGUAUUUCAAAAUACAAGAUACCAAUGGUGUUG